AUGCAAUAGCAGUCAUCGAAGCACCUUGGUUAAGUAACAAUUUUGCGUAAGAGCAUCAGCUGUUUCAGGGAGGAAUCCUUCUGAAAAACCGGAAUCUUCUGUGUAUCGCUAGAAUUGCCGUGACGCUCUGGUUGUUUAGUUUAGAUACCCCAAGAAAGGGUUUGACAUCAUCUGCUGUUAUGAGGAAGCUUGCAAGGCCAGGCCCUUUGGGUGAUUUAUUUCAUAAGGGCUUUGUAUUUGGUUGUGUGGGUCUGACGCUUUAUGGAAUGCUAAUUGUUGGCACUAGAGCUCAUGCCUACUUUACUCAGAUAAAGCCCCAGCGUUUAGAGGAGAGAAGACGUUUGGCUGAACAAGAGCUGGCUGAAGUUGAGGCAUCUGGCAGUAAUCAGGAAGAUGCUGAAACUCUGAAAUUGUAGAAAGAAAACAAGUGCAUUACUUAAUCGUGAAGUGUUACAUAUUAGGAAAGACUGCAGUUCAGUGCUAUAGAAUGUAAUGAAAAUUAUUGUGCAGUAUUUUAAAGCUCUGUGAACCAAGAAAAGUGUGAACUUUGGUAAAGUUAGGUUAUCAGUGCUAGUCAAGUUUUUGUUUUUAACAUUUUGAAUAUACUUUGUUGGUCUCUCUUUUGUUUGGAGUAUCUUAAUUAAUUUGCUGUUUACUGACUAAAUUAGUACUAGUGUUGACAAUGCAUACCUUACGCCUACUUACCCAAGCAAAAUCAUGCCUUGCUCAACUCAGAGCAAAUGUUCGUUUUGUAAGUUCUAGCAGUUGCUUAUUUCAGGAUCCUUCAAAAGUUCCACCUGCACUCUGGAAACUUGGAAACCUUAAUCAUGUAGCCAUUGCAACACCUGACUUAGAAAAGAGUACAGCUCUGUACAGGGAUGUUUUAGGAGCAGAAGUGAGUGGUGUAGAGGCUUUACCAGAACAUGGCGUGUAUACAGUCUUUGUUAAACUUGACAACACAAAGCUUGAGCUUUUACAUCCCCUUGGAGAAAAUAGUCCAAUUCAGAAUUUCUUGGACAAAAACAAGAAUGGAGGUAUGCACCACAUUUGCAUAGAGGUUAAUGAUAUAAAAGCUGCCAUGGAGGACCUCAAAGCUCAGAACAUCCGAUGUUUGAGUAAAGAACCCAGGAUAGGUGCUCAUGGAAAACCUGUUGUAUUUUUACACCCUAAAGAUUGUGCAGGGGUUUUAGUGGAAUUAGAGGAGGCUUAAAUAUCUUAUGUAAUUGAUUUUCAGUUUUGUAUAGAUCUUUUGUGGGGUUGAAGAUUAUUUUAGUUGAUUUGGAAUGUAUUUUAGUUUAAAGUUGGACAGUAAACUGUCAUACACUAAUGCAAAUAGUAGUUGUAAAGAAAUGUGGAACAUUUUGUGUAUAUAGAUAAUUUGAUUUUUCGGUAUAAACACAGUAUAGCAAGAAAAUGUCUUUGUAUGAAAAUCCAUAUUUUAUAUGAAAAUAAGUCUGUAAUAACCAGGAACUUUUGAACAUCAUUGCUGUUAAUAGAUGACUUUUGGACUCCUUUAGCUCUUUGAAUCUUUUAAUUGUUACUAAUAGAAAUAAUUUCUGAAAAAGAAUGUAAGUAAAGAUAUAACAAUUCUACAGCUAAUUUGAUAUUAGUUAAAGAUGGGAUUUUGAAUUAGAUCAAGUAUUUAUUCCGAAUGUGUACAUAAACCUGCAAAGGACCAUACAUGCAAAAUCUGGAUUGUUUAUUGUUGAUAUAACUUAUUUGCCAGACAUAGCUAAGAGAAGCUGGACAGAAUAAAUGCUUUAAAUUUAUUGAAGCUUGUAUCUUCACUCAGGGUUGCUGUGGAUACAUGUAUUAUCCGAAACAUUCAAUAUGCAAAGCUGUCAGAAUUGGAAUGCUUUUUUGUGGUAAAUAUCAAAGUGCUUAUAAAUGAACAUUCCAGAAGUUUUUAUGAGGGUUGGAGUUAUGGAAAUUGGCAUGUACGUAAGUAGUGAAAAGGGCACACUACCAACUCCCUCCCCCCCUGUGAAAACUAUUAAAAAGGAAAAUAAAUCCGGCAAAAUAUCCAA